UAUAAGUAGUCAUUAUUAUUAUUAAUUGACCUAAGUUCUACUCAUUUUAUUAAAAUAAAAUAUACAUGCAGAAAGGCACUCAUAAGUGUUCAGCUUAAGAAAUUUCAUAAAUUGAGCAAUCCUGUGUAAUCAGCAUGAAAUGGAAGCUAGUACAGAUACUAAGAGCUCUCUUCAUGCCCCCUUGUAAUCCCUAUCACUUUCUAGGGAUAACCAGUGUUCUGACUUCUGGUUAGUUUCAUUAAUGGCUUUCAUAAUUGGUAUCACAGCAAUUGAUAAAGGAUCAUUAUGGUAGUAUUUUGUUUUUUAUUUAAUUUCUAAGACAAAUCUACUUGCUGAUUACUCUUUUAAUACACAACUACAUUUUGUUUUCUAGGUUAAAAAAGCUCCUUGAACAGGAAAAGGCUUACCAAGCCCGAAAGGAAAAGGAAAAUGCUAAGCGGCUCAAUAAACUAAGGGAUGAACUUGUUAAACUCAAGUCCUUUGCACUCAUGCUGGUGGAUGAACGACAAAUGCACAUUGAGCAACUUGGCCUGCAGAGCCAGAAAGUGCAGGAUCUCACUCAGAAACUGAGAGAAGAAGAAGAAAAGCUCAAAGCCAUUACAUCCAAAUCCAAAGAAGACAGACAGAAACUGCUCAAGUUAGAAGUGGAUUUCGAACACAAGGCCUCCAGGUUCUCUCAAGAGCAUGAAGAGAUGAAUGCUAAGUUGGCUAACCAGGAGGCUCACAACAGGCAACUCAGGCUCAAGCUGGUUGGCCUAUCUCAAAGAAUUGAGGAGCUAGAAGAGACCAACAAAAACCUCCAAAAAGCAGAGGAAGAACUUCAGGAAUUAAGAGAUAAAAUUGCCAAAGGGGAAUGUGGAAACUCCAGCCUCAUGGCAGAAGUGGAAAAUCUCCGAAAACGUGUGCUGGAAAUGGAGGGUAAAGAUGAAGAGAUCACUAAAACCGAGUCCCAGUGCAGGGAGCUGAGGAAGAAGCUGCAAGAGGAAGAACACCAUAGCAAGGAGCUCAAACUUGAAGUUGAGAAGUUGCAGAAGAGAAUGUCAGAGCUAGAGAAAUUGGAGGAAGCAUUUAGCAAGAGUAAAUCUGAAUGCUCCCAGCUACAUUUAAAUCUAGAGAAAGAAAAGAACUUAACCAAAGACCUGUUGAAUGAAUUGGAGGUGGUCAAGAGCCGAGUUAAAGAACUGGAAUGUUCUGAAAGUAGGUUGGAAAAGGCUGAAUUAAGCCUCAAAGAUGAUCUCACAAAGUUGAAGUCGUUUACUGUGAUGCUGGUUGAUGAAAGGAAAAAUAUGAUGGAAAAAAUAAAGCAAGAAGAAAGAAAAGUGGAUGGACUCAAUAAAAAUUUUAAGGUGGAACAGGGGAAGGUUAUGGACGUAACUGAAAAGCUAAUUGAAGAGAGUAAGAAGUUUUUAAAACUGAAAUCUGAAAUGGAGGAAAAGGUGUACAAUUUGACAAAGGAGAGAGAUGAGUUGAUAGGAAAACUGAAAAGUGAAGAAGAGAAAUCUUCUAAAUUGAGUUGCAGUGUUGACUUACUAAAGAAGAGGCUUGAUGGUAUAGAGGAAGUGGAAAGAGAAAUAACAAGAGGCCGGUCUUGGAAAGGACCUGAGCUCACCUGCCCCGAAGACAACAAGAUCAAGGAACUAACACUUGAAAUUGAGAGACUGAAGAACCGUCUCCAACAGCUGGAGGUGGUGGAAGGGGAUUUGAUGAAGACAGAGGACGAGUAUGAUCAGCUGGAACAGAAAUUCAGAACUGAGCAGGAUAAGGCUAACUUCCUCUCCCAACAGCUAGAGGAGAUCAAACACCAAAUCGCCAAGAACAAAGCUAUAGAGAAGGGUGAGGCUGUGAGCCAGGAAGCUGAGCUGAGACACAGGUUUCGGCUGGAAGAGGCUAAAAGUCGAGACUUAAAAGCCGAGGUACAAGCUCUUAAAGAGAAGAUCCAUGAGUUAAUGAACAAAGAAGAUCAGCUCUCUCAGCUCCAGGUAGAUUAUUCCGUCCUUCAGCAAAGGUUUAUGGAAGAAGAAAAUAAGAACAAAAACAUGGGGCAGGAGGUCCUCCAUCUGACCAAGGAGCUGGAGCUUUCUAAGCGGUACAGCCGAGCCCUCAGGCCCAGCAUGAACGGAAGGAGAAUGGUGGAUGUGCCUGUGGCUUCCACUGGGGUCCAGACGGACGCUGUGGGCAGCGAAUCCGCGGAGGAAGAAACGCCAGCUGUGUUCAUACGGAAAUCCUUCCAAGAGGAAAAUCACAUCAUGAGCAACCUUCGGCAGGUGAGCCUCAAGAAGCCUGUGGAGCGAUCCUCUGUUCUCGACAGGUAUCCCCCAGCAGCAAGCGAGCUCACCAUGAGAAAAUCUUGGAUCCCAUGGAUGAGGAAAAGGGAAAAUGGCCCCUCGAUCCCGCAGGACAAGGCGCCUCGAAGCAGCUCCAACCCAGGGCACCCGGGAGAGCUUGUCCUCUCACCAAAGCAGGGCCAGCCCCUGCAUAUCCGUGUGACACCAGACCACGAGAACAGCACUGCGACUUUGGAGAUCACGAGCCCCACAUCCGAGGAGUUUUUUUCUAGCACCACUGUCAUUCCUACCCUAGGGAAUCAGAAACCAAGGAUAACCAUUAUUCCUUCACCAAAUGUGAUGUCCUCAAAACCAAAAAGUGCAGAUCCUACCCUUGGCCCUGAGCGAGCCAUGUCCCCUGUCACGAUUACGACAUUUUCCAGGGAGAAACCCCCAGAAAGUGGCAGAGGCUCGUUCGCAGACAGGCCCGGGUCCCCCAUCCAGAUCAUGACGGUGUCCACGUCGGCAGCGCCGGCCGAGCCUGCAGCCCAUGGCGAACCCCAAGAUGUGCCCGUGGGAAGGACUGUCCUCAAAGUGACCCCUGAGAAACAGACUGCCGCACCUCCAGUGCGGAAGUACAACGCCAACGCCAACAUCAUAACCACGGAAGACAAUAAGAUCCACAUUCACUUAGGCUCUCAGUUCAAGCGAUCCCCAGGGGCUUCGGCAGAAGGAGUGAGUCCAGUCAUUACCGUCAGGCCCGUGAACGUGACAGCCGAAAAGGAGCUGUCCACGGGCACGGUUCUUCGCUCUCCCAGGAACCACCUCUCCGCACGACCUGGGGCGAGCAAAGUGACCAGCACCAUCACCAUCACACCGGUCACAACCUCCUCCACCCGAGGAACCCAGUCAGUGUCAGGACAAGAUGGGUCUUCCCAGCGGCCUACACCCACCCGCAUUCCUGUGUCAAAAGGUAUGAAAGCAGGAAAGCCAGUAGUGGCAGCCACAGGAGCAGGAAAUCUGACCAAAUUCGAGCCUCGAGCUGAGACUCAGUCUAUGAAAAUAGAGCUGAAGAAGUCUGCAGCCAGCAGCGCUACCUCUCUUGGAGGGGGGAAGGGCUGAGGGCAGUGGCUGAGGGGAAAGUAUCAUCAUUCACCAGUUGCGUGUGAACUCCCGAUGAGAUUACCAAGCACACACUGGGUGUAUGUGCCUCCUCUGAGUCCCUGUUGAAUGGAUAGUAUUUCUGCAGUCCUGCAUCGCCACUAAGGUCCUCCAUGCUACUGAUCACCACUGGAAAUUUUACUAUUUCCAGUGAUUUUUUUUUGAGGAUAUAAUGUAAAAAUUGAACACAGCUUUGCUGAUAAUAUGGUAAUAUGUAGCAAAAGCAGUUGAGUCUUUGUGCCAAAAGAAAAUUCUUUUCCUUUUUCAAAACUUUAGGUCUAUGGGCACAUGCUAUGUAAUUUAUUUUUAUAAUACAUUUUGUAAUGUGAUUCUUUUUCCUAAACUGUUUCUUUUUUUCAGUCUAUGGCACAUAUAUCUGUAGAACACACUGUCAGUUCUUCGAAGUAUUGGUAUUUUUGCAUUCAAAAUGUUAACCUAUAAUUAUUUUCUUUUUACCAAUUUGUUAUUUUUGAGGAAAAGAAAGCACAACACUGUAUUUCCCAGGGUAAAUUGAAGAGAUAAAACCAAGAAAUAGAUUCUGGGAGAAAAUUGUAUUAUUGCUUGUAUAAUGCUAUCGUUCCAAUCAUGGUUCAAAAGUAAAAAGUAAUGCUCUGAGUUAGGAGCUUAAUUUAAAUACUUAAAAACCAGCUUUUUUCUGGUGUUCUGUGUCAAUAACCCUGGAUGAACUGAGUUUUGCAUGUAGUGAGUUAAUAGAAGGAUAUGUAAAAAGUUUAACUAGUAAAGGAAACAGGGACAGCAUCAACUGACGACAAUAUUUCUAUUUGCUUUAUCUCCUUAUAUGUACAAAACAUAAUAAAGACACAUUUCUCACAUACUACUCAAUGAAAUAAAUGACCUAGAUAAUGUCAGCAUCUUUUAAAACUUAGAGAGAUCCAAAGAAGAUCACAUUUCCCCUCUGAUUUUGGUAGAUUUUCAUAGCCACAUGAGAGAAUAUAGUCUUUAAAUAAGCAAAAAUAUUACCCAUAUCUCUAGAUCAGAAGCUGCUGUUGAAUUUAGGAUUAUGUGAAAAUAUGUGUCUAAAGUCUACUUGAAAUUCUGACAACGAAACUGUAGGUUUUUAAAAAGGACUUUCUUAAUGUGGACUUGUUCUCAACAAGAUCUUAAAGGUGACCUUAAAGAUGAAUUAAGAAUUCACACAUCUUUCUGAAUGCUGAAAUCAUUUACAGUAUAACUUUACUAAGAUUAAAGAGAGAAUACUUCUGAACGUGAAAGAAUAAGUAGGAGCCACAAGGUAAUAUUGUUGCCUCAUCUCUCCAGUCCACAAUUUGUAACCAGGUUUAUAAGUCACAGAAUCUCUGAAAUGGGAAAAAUUAAUUUUAACUUUCCCUCCUCUAUGUAAUCUUGGAAGGUUUUAAGGUAUGCCUUGUGGAGUUGGCAAAUCAUAUUCAACAUGUAUUCUAUAUUAAAUAGCUAUAUUUUAUGUUAAAAUAAUUAUUGCUUUUUUAAGUAAAAGAAAUGCUACAGUAGUCUUGCUCUAGCUUGAAUGAUUGUGGAAAUAUCACAUAAUCUCCUGUAGAUAUGAUUACUGACUCAGAAAACUACAGUGUGUACGUGUGAAGAGUUUAAAUUUUUGUUACUGAGUUCUUUUUCUGAAAUGUUAAACUGCAGUGACAUUUUCAUGAGAAAAUAGUUUUGUUUAGUGUUGUCAUAUUUUUUGACUCAGUUAAAUUCCCUAUUUGCCAAUGUUUAAUUAUACCUCUGAUGCCAAAAACUUUCAGCUAGACCACAGAAUAGCAUUUGAAGCAUAUAACUUUUGCUCAACUUGUGGGAAUCUUAUUGUACUAAUAGAGGAUAUUAUUUUAAAUACUUUGGGACUUUAAAUUAAAAUAUUACUAGUAAUUUAUAUAUAUUUGGAUAAGAGGGGGAAUUUCCUCCUGAAUUUGUAAUGGAAUUUGGUACUUGCCAGAACAGUGAGGGUGGUGAGGCAAUAAGUCCUUGAGGCAGAUACUGAGUUUUUUCUGUCUGUGCUAUCAGUAAGGCCUCUGUUUAAACUGGAAUGGAAUCUGAGCAAUAGAUGAGCAAAAUUAAUCCCAGUAAUUCUGAACUAAAAUGAGAACAUUAACAAGCAAGAUCAUAAAGAUCAUAGCCAUAUCUUAACAUCCAUGUCCAAUUAAAAACAUUGCCUUCUCAUGCAAUCCACUCUUCACAU